CCUCGAGGCCGAGCCGCUUGGUUAUCUCUUCGUUGCGCUCUUCCCCGAGCAGCUCUAGGCGGCGGCUGUUCGCGUGGUGGCGUUUUCGCGUUGCUGAUCGCGCUCCCUAUGACUCCGAUGCACCGGCGGUCCCAGCCAUGCCCAGCUUCAGAGUAUGCUCUAAAGAGGCAGCAGUGGAGCUCUCAGUUCCUGGACCAUCCCCUUGGACCCCUAGAGCCCAGGCCUGUGUGGAGUGCUGCUCCUGCCGAGACCCACGCUGGAUCUGCACUUCAUGUUUCCCUCUGUUGUGGUGAUGCUGAGCCAGGAGCCACCUCCCCUCACCAUCAGCAGCCAGGCUGGGACACCAGGACUAAGGGCCAGGAGUUUGUUCAGAAGGAAGAAGUUUCUGAGGACUUGGAAUCACAUGUAGAAAUAUCAGACAGCUCUGGCAGUGAUGCUCCCCAGACACCUGAGCUUGGAGUGCUCCGUGGUAGUGUAGAAGAAAGAGACUGGGGGGUCCCUGAGGAUGAGAGGCAGAUGCACCACCCUCACCAGGAGGGGGCCUUCACUCUUGCACAGAUGCUUCUCAGGAGCCCCUCAGGAGAGAGAGAGGUGGACUGGGAUGACAUCAAGAGCAGCUGCAGCCGGAGCCCAAGCCCAGUGGAGUGUCAGGGGCCUCCUGCAGAGGAGAGGCCCCAUCCACGUGGCAUACAGAGCCUGCCCUGCAGCCUGGACCUGCCCAGCUGCACAGGACUUAAUGUGGCCAAAAGCCCGUUCAUAUGCAGCGAGUGUGGGAAAACCUUUGAAGGAGACCCUGAUCUUACACAGCAUCAGACAGUGCACACUGGACACAAAUCCUUCAUCUGUAACGAGUGUGGAAGGCUCUUCAGCACACACACAGGCUUCCUUCAGCACCAGCUCACCCACCAUGGGGAGAAGCUGCAUGUGUGUUCUGAGUGUGGGAAAGCCUUCUGCCAGAGCUCCAGCCUUAAAAAGCACCAGAAGUCCCAUGUGAGUGAGAAGCCCUACGAAUGCAGUGAGUGCGGGAAGACCUUCAGGCGAAGCUCCAACCUCAUCCAGCACCAGAGAAUCCACUCUGGCGAGAAGCCAUACGUGUGUCAUGCCUGUGGGAAGGCCUUCAGGCGCAGUUCCAACCUCGUCAACCACCAGAGGGUCCACACAGGGGAGAAGCCCUUCGAGUGUACUGAGUGUGGGAGGGCCUUCAGCCAGAGCUCACACGUGAGGAAGCACCAGAGGGUCCAUACCGGGGAGAGGCCUUACUCAUGUAGCGAGUGUGGCAAGCCCUUCAGCCGGGUGUCCAACCUCAUCAAACACCACAGGGUCCACACGGGCGAGAAGCCCUACAAGUGCAGUGACUGUGGGAAGGCCUUCAGCCAGAGCUCGAGCCUCAUCCAGCACUGGAGGAUCCACACCGGGGAGAAGCCUCAUGUGUGUGCCGUGUGUGGCAAGGCCUUCAGGUACAGCUCGGUGCUCCAAAAGCACCAGAUCACCCACACGGGGGAGAAGCCGUAUGAGUGCGGUGUCUGCGGGAAGGCCUUCAGCCACAGCUCCGCGCUCGUGCAGCACCAGGGUGUGCACACAGGCGACAAGCCCUAUGAGUGCCGCGAGUGUGGAAAGACCUUUGGCCGCAGCUCCAACCUCAUCCUGCACCACCGGGUCCACACGGGGGAGAAGCCCUAUGAAUGCACUGAGUGCGGGAAAACUUUCAGCCAGAACUCAACUCUCAUUCAGCAUAAGAGGAUCCACAACGGGUUGAAACCCCACAAGUGUAACCAGUGUGGCAAAGCCUUCAACCGGAGCUCCAACCUCAUCCACCACCAGAAGGUCCACACCGGAGAGAAGCCCUACACCUGCGUCGAAUGUGGGAAGGGCUUCAGGCAGAGCUCGCACCUCAUUCAGCACCAGAUCAUCCACACGGGCGAGAGGCCCUAUCAGUGCAGUGAGUGUGGGAAGUCCUUCAGCCAGUGCUCCGUUCUCAUCCAGCACCAGCGGAUCCACACUGGGGUGAAGCCCUACGACUGCACGGCUUGUGGAAAAGCCUUCAGCCAGCGGUCAAAAUUGACCAAGCACCAGUUGAUCCACACCAGGGAGUGAACCCCUCGCAGCUUCACCCUGACCGCCUGGCUGUGCCUCGCUCUCCCUCCCCAGACUUAAGGUGCUCUCGCUCACUCUGUCCACCCAUGAGGCCACCGUCCACAGAGGCCACCGUCUACACACUGGGGACCCUCCUGUGGUCCUGCUCCUUCUCCCAAGUCCCCUGCCAUCACCCUUGUCUCCUGUGAGCUCAUUUCUCUUUGUUGUUUGUUUUUCCAGUUUGUUAUGAGACAACUGUACUUGUUAGAAGGGAAAGGAUUAUAGAGGCUGUGCACUCAUCCAUAGAGUUUAUUACUGUAAAGGAACAUAACCAAGAAAGUAAAUGACAUUUGGUUUGAGAC